CCGCACCCGGAAGUUGGAGGUUUUGGGGGCGAUGCGGGUGGAUGAAGACACGGAGCCGCCGGCCAAGCGGCUGAAGGCCAGGCCGCCCCGCCGGCCCCCGCCGGCCCUGGACGAGCGGCGCCGGCAGCUCCCCGUGUACCAGGCGCGGGGGCGGCUGCUGAGCAGGCUGCGCGGCCUGGACUGCGCCGUCCUCAUCGGAGAAACUGGCUCUGGGAAGACCACCCAGGUCCCUCAGUACCUCUACGAAGCAGGAAUUGGCCACCAAGGCAUCAUUGCUGUGACACAGCCUCGCAGGGUAGCAGCUAUAUCCUUAGCUACCAGAGUCUCAGAUGAGAAGAAGACAGAGCUGGGGAAACUGGUUGGCUACACUGUGCGCUUCGAUGAUCUUACGUCUGAUGAAACCAGGAUCAGGUUUUUAACAGACGGCAUGCUGCUUCGCGAAGCUAUUGGGGACCCUAUGAUGCGGAAGUACAGCAUUGUCAUCCUGGAUGAAGCCCACGAGAGGACGAUCCACACCGAUGUCCUCUUUGGAGUGGUGAAAGCUGCACAGAAGAAACGAAGGGAACUGGGCAAGCUGCCACUCAAAGUGAUAGUCAUGUCAGCUACUAUGGAUGUUGAUGAGUUCUCCCAGUACUUCAAUGAAGCUCCUGUUCUCUAUUUACAAGGCAGGCAGCACCCCAUUCAGAUCUUUUACACCAAACAGCCGCAGAGCGAUUACCUCCAAGCAGCUCUGGUGACCAUCUUCCAGAUCCACCAGGAAGCACCCCCUUCUCAAGACAUGCUGGUGUUUCUGACUGGUCAGGAAGAAAUUGAAGCAAUGACCAAAACCUGUCGAGAUGUUUCCAAACAUCUCCCUGACGGCUGCCCGCAGAUGGUAGUGAUGCCUCUUUAUGCUUCUCUGCCCUACUCGCAGCAGCUCCGCGUCUUUCAGCCUGCCCCUAAGGGCUGUCGAAAAGUGAUCCUCUCCACCAACAUUGCGGAAACCUCUGUCACCAUUGCAGGAAUAAAAUUUGUUGUGGACACGGGCAUGGUGAAAGCGAAGAAAUACAGCCCUGAAAUUGGUCUGGAAGUGUUGGCAGUCCAGCGGGUGUCGAAGGCCCAGGCUUGGCAACGAACAGGGAGAGCAGGGCGAGAGGACAGUGGCAUCUGUUACCGACUCUAUACAGAGCUUGAGUUCGAGAGGUUUGACAAAAUGACAAUACCCGAGAUACAGAGGUGCAACCUAGCCAGUGUGAUGCUUCAGCUCCUGGCCCUGAGAAUUCCCAAUGUGCUCACUUUUGACUUCAUGUCCAAACCAUCUCCUGAAGCUAUUAAAGCAGCAAUUGAGCAGCUGGACCUGCUGGGAGCUGUGGAACAAAGGGAAGGUCAGCUUGUCCUAACGCCCCUAGGAAGGAAGAUGGCAGCCUUUCCACUGGAACCAAAGUUUUCUAAAACCAUCCUCAUGUCCCCGAAGUUCCACUGCACAGAGGAGAUCCUGACCAUCGUGUCGCUGUAUUCAGUGGACAGCGUCCUCUACAAUCCUCCCUCCCGGCGGGAUGAAGUGCAGGCUGUCAGGAAGAAAUUCAUCUCCAGCGAGGGGGAUCAUCUUACCCUGCUCAGCUUGUACAGGGCCUUCAGAAAAGUAAAUGGCAACAAGACGUGGUGCAAACAGAACUUUGUCAAUGGCAGGAACAUGAUGCUUGCGUCAGACAUCAGAGCUCAGCUCAGGGACAUCUGUGUAAAGCUGUCGAUGCCAAUCGAGUCCUCCCGCAUGGACACCGGGAACAUCCGCCGCUGCCUGGCUCACAGCCUCUUCACCAACGCCGCGGAGCUGCAGCCGGACGGCACCUAUCACACCGUGGACUCUCACCAGGUGGUGGCCAUCCACCCCUCCUCCGUGCUGUUCCACUGCCAGCCGGCCUGCGUGGUGUACAAUGGGCUGCUGCACACCAACAAGCGCUACAUGCGGGACCUCUGUGUGGUAGAUGCGGACUGGCUGUACGACGCAGCGCCCGACUAUUUCCGCAGGAAGCUCCGAACGGCCAGGAACUGACCUGCAGGUCUGGGACCAACAGCUCCACGGGUUUGAUGCUCACCCUAAAAGUCUAUUUUGUUGUUUUGUAAUACAUUUACAGGAGCAGUAGGGCUUGGCCUUGCAAAUCAGCUAAAAGCCUUAGAGGAAAAUGGCUUCCUCGUGACAACCAGAACCUCACAAGUUCCCAUGGCUUGGAACAACCACCUGUUUUAACAGUUAAUCUGUUAAAACACAGAAAGAACACAGUAGGUGCUCUGUGCGAGGGCAUGUGUGUCUCUCUGUCGGAGGGAGAAGGACUGAUGGUAUCAGAUUACAGUUCUAACACCUAACUGCAGUUUAACAGACUUGUUUGUGAGGAAAUUCAAUCCUAAGACCUCUUCUGAGGAGACUUGGUAUUUUUAAUAGUGGUGUUUGUAUCCUUAGCAGGUUUUAUUGACAAAUAAAAGUAGAAAAAACCCUAAGUUUCUACAUAGAGGGGGGAAAA